AUGGCCCAGCUCAUGGUGCAGCACGUCUUCCGGAUCCAUGGACCUCCGGUGGUCUCCGAUCGCGGUCCUCUGUUUUCGUUCUGGUUCUGGAAGGCGUUCUGCACCCUCAUUGGGGCAUCGGCCAGUAUGGACGACAGGAGGACCGCCAUCGGACUCCGGCUCCCCAUUGUCGUGUCGGGCAGAGGACUCUCAGGUACCCAGGCAGGGGAGUACAGUGUGUCCACAGUGAGUAAGGUGUCUGUGAAGACAGGAAACUCCAUCACCAUCCCAUGUCGCUAUAAUCUGAGAUACAUAGAAUAUGUCAAAUACUGGUGUCAAGGAGAUUACUGGAAUUCUUGUUCUGCUCUAGUACGCACAGACCAACCAAAGAUAUCUGGGACGGUGUCAAUCUCUGAUGAUGUCACCCGAAGAAUCUUCUCUGUUACCAUGACUGAUCUGCAGCCAGAGGACUCUGGGUAUUACUGGUGUGCUGUGGAGACUACAGGAAGAGAUCAACAUACAUACUUGCACCUGUCAGUUACCACAGGUACUCCAGGACUCUAUGUGGACCAACAGGAGGUGACUGGAGUUGAAGGAGGGAGUGUCACUGUCUGUUGUCACUAUAGUAACACUGUGGCUAAGAAGUGGUUGUGGUGUAAGAUGGGUUUCUACUAUGUCCCCUUGGUGGGUAGAUAUUCAGGUCUUUUAGAUGGAACAUCAGUGACAUUACAGCAGACCAUUGAUAACAACAACAGACACAUUUUAACAGUGACUCUGAAUGGAUUGAAUAUGGGGGAUACUGGCUGGUACUGGUGUUCCACAGGUGACCUACAGAUGCCUGUUCACAUCACUGUCAAUCAACUGACCACAACGCAGAGUAUCACACCUGCCUCCACCACCACCCCUACCCCCACUUCCACCAUCACCAUCUCCACUGUCGAUCAACUGACCACAACGCAGACUGACACCAUCAUCAUUCCUGCUGUGUCCUCUUCCACCUCUCAGGCCCCAGUCAACAACACACACGAUGGAGCCCAGGGAUGGGAAAGAACACUCUUCUACCUUCCGAAAACUGUUAAUGCAGUGCUCUUCCUCCUGUGCACCAUCAUUGCUGUGGUGAAGUUCACGGCAAACCGACUCUGA